AAUAUAAUUUCAGUCUUUCACACCCUGCACUCCACUUCACACCCGGCGAACGUUAGCCCAACGCCAUGGCCGCCACCACUGCCGCUGCAGCUACAUCAUCCUUCAUGGGGACGCGUCUCUCCGACGUGUACUCCAACUCGGGCAGGAUCCAAGCCCGAUUCGGAUUCGGAGGCAAGAAAGCACCCAGGAAAGCCACAAAGCCCAGCAACGACCGCCCGCUUUGGUACCCUGGAGCCAAGGCCCCAGAAUAUCUGGACGGGAGCUUGGUGGGGGACUACGGGUUCGACCCAUUCGGGCUGGGGAAGCCCGCGGAGUACCUGCAGUUCGACCUGGACUCGUUGGACCAGAACCUGGCCAAGAACUUGGCCGGCGAUGUGAUCGGGACCCGGUUCGAGGAGGCCGACGUGAAGUCGACCCCGUUCCAGCCGUACAGCGAGGUUUUCGGGUUGCAGAGGUUCCGAGAGUGCGAGCUCAUUCAUGGGAGGUGGGCCAUGUUGGCUACUCUAGGCGCGCUCACCGUUGAGUGGCUCACCGGAGUUACCUGGCAAGACGCUGGAAAGGUGGAGCUGGUUGAAGGUUCAUCUUACCUUGGCCAACCGCUUCCAUUCUCCAUCACCACAUUGAUCUGGAUUGAGGUUCUGGUGAUUGGGUACAUCGAGUUCCAGAGGAAUGCAGAGCUCGACCCGGAGAAGAGGCUCUACCCCGGUGGGCCGUACUUUGACCCUCUCGGCUUGGCGGCUGACCCGGAGAAGAAGGCCACCCUCCAAUUGGCAGAAAUCAAGCACGCCCGCCUCGCCAUGGUUGGGUUCCUUGGGUUUGCUGUCCAAGCUGCUGUCACCGGAAAAGGCCCCCUCAACAACUGGGCUACCCAUUUGAGUGACCCGCUCCACACCACUAUUAUUGACGCUUUUUCCUCUUAAGCAACCUACCCCUUGUUACAUCCUAUGUCGCUUGGUCUAUAAGUAUUUUACUUGGCUGAAUUAUGAUUUGUACUCUUUAUCUUGUAAAAAUAUGAGAUGACAUUUGAUAGGCUAAGCAGAAUGUUUUAGUGACUUA